UCCUGUCUUUCUUAUUAUAGUCUUUGGCCUGUCAUCAUCCUUGUGUACAUCGGGGGGUGAAGCUCCUUCCCUCCUCAGUCCUCAAGCUGUGCCCCCUGAACAUCAAAGUACUGAGUCUCUCACACCAUGGGUACAUUUGAAGACAAACAAGCAACUAACUGCUUCAUCUGUUGCAAGAAUCUUGAGAUAAAUGAUGCAGCAUCAUACAGCAGCAAUGAUGUACUCACGUACACAAAGAUGACAGUUAUAAAUUGCAUCAAAAAAGCCUUAAGGAGUUGCCAACUGAAACAACAGAAUAAAGGCCAGUGGAUACUGUUGCUGUGUUUGGAGUGUGACAAGAUUAUUAAAGAUCUUGAUCAUUUUCACCACCAAUACACCAAAACUCAAGAAAAGCUACAACUUGUGUAUACUGAGGCCCACUCUCAUUGCCAUAUUGAAGACAAUUUUGAAUUCUUAGAGGAUGCAGAAAAGUCACACCAGGGUCAGUACAAUGAUGCAGAAACAAGAUUCCUCCAAAAAUUAUCAGAGAGAUGCAGUUCAAAAAGGAUUAUCAAGAGUAACCCUCGAUAUACUGAGAUGCCUCAGUCCAGUACUUCUUAUAAUACUGUUACAUGCUCACUCUGUGGUCAGGAGUAUCUGACCAAGGCAGGUUUAAAGGCACAUAUGGAAGGAAUCCAUGCUAAUAAGAAAUUCAAAAAGGGUCGUGGUAGACCUCGAAAGUUUGAGAAGAAUGAAAAUUCUACUAUAUUCCCUGUCAUCAAAGCAAUGUCAAAGGAUGAAAUGGUUAUGGUAGCUGAAUGCAAAGAUGCUCAUGACAUUUCUCUUUCAAAGGAAAAAGAAUGUGGUACAGUUGAUGGUGCACAGAAAUGUUCUGUUGUUCCUGGCACUCACACCCCAGGGACUGAAUCUUCUUCCUUUGGAAUGGCCUGCCAGGUUCUGUCAAGUAAUAAUUAUGGUACACAUGUUGAUAAAGCUGUAAAAGUAGAGCAGAAAGAGGUCUUAAUGACUGGAGAAAAUGAAAAAAAAUAUGGUAAUUUAGAAGCUGAUGAACUAAUUCUAGGUGCUAAUACAGAGGAUUAUUUGAUCACUUCAUCAGAGUGUGAUAAUUUGAAAAUAACAGAGGGCUUAAUAAAACAGUCAUUUUCAAAUGUUGAAAAAGAAAAGAAACUUCCAAGGUCCAGUGAUGCAAGUAAAAAGUACAUGUGUCGAGAGAAGUGCCCAAAGUGUGACAAAGUCGUCAUUGGUCGCACAAAACUACGAAGGCAUAUGUUGAUGCACUCGACGUCUUAUGAGCAAAAGGUGUGUGAAGUGUGUGGGCGUGUGCUCCACAAUACUACUGCAUACAAGGUACACAUGCAGUGUCUUCAUGGUGUUUUACCUGAGACCUCAACUCCACAAAUCUUUCAGUCAGAAAUUGAUAAGAAGAAAAGUUGCCAGAUAUGUGGAAAAACUUAUCGUGGAGCAUCAGGGCUUUCAUAUCACCUAGCAGCCAAACACAAUAAAGGACCUCGCUACCCAUGUGACAAGUGUCCCCGGGUGUUUCCCCACAGUCGGAAUCUUUCAUCUCAUAAGGCACAAGCUCAUGGAAGUUACUCAAUGAUUUGUGAGUAUUGUGGUCAGACAUUUAAGCUUCAAACUCAAUUAAAUUCCCACAUAAACUCCAUUCAUCGAGGAGUUACAUCUUGGGCGUGCAAACUCUGCCCUUCCAAAUUCGCCACCCAUAUUGAAUAUAGGAUACAUGUUAAUAAGCACAAGAGGUUAACAUAUGAAUGUGACAUAUGUGGAAAGCAAUAUUCUUGGCGAGAGGCACUGAAGAAGCACAAGCGUACAAAGCAUGAAUAUUAUAUGUCUUCCAUGUCAUUUGAUUGCUCUACUGUUACAUCUUCAACACAGUCUGUCAAUACUUCCCUGUGUGCCGAAGACAGACACGACAUACCAGAGCUUCCAAAAGUAGAUACUGAAGUAUCAGUGGAGAAGAUAGCAGUAGGAUCAGUCUUACCAUCAGGGGCAUCUCCAGCAAUCUCUCAAAAUGAAAACCAUAGUUUGCAUGUUGACACUGAUAUGGCACCAGUCAUCUUAGGAGCUAAACUAAAAGUUACUCAGAAGGGGAUGGCCAGUGGGUCUGUCAUGGCCUCGGUUGUAUCCAGUGCUAACUCAGAAAUUGUUGAAAAACAAAUUAACUUUAACAGUCCUGCCCCUUCUUUAGUUUCAAGCACUAGAUGUAAGUUACCUGAGAAAUUAAUAAAUUCUAAUCCUGUUAUUCCAUUGAUAUCAGAAACUCAUUGUGAAAGUGAUUAUGACAGAGUAAUUGAUACCAAGGGUUUACCUCUGGUGAUAUCUGGCAAAGAGAAUAAUAUUGAAGGGGUACUGCCGAUGAAUCCAGAUAUAUCAGAUGCAACUGGCAGAUCAAGUGAUGCAGUAUUUACAGGUGCAGAGCCUCAGGACAUUACAGGUGGUCAUGUAGAAGAAGUAGUUAUUGUGGAGACUGAUGCUAGUGUAAAUUAUGACUACAUUGUCUAUCAUGUAUCUAGUUGAUGUUAUUAUUAAAAGUAAUUUGUAGCAUAAAA